CAGUGGACUAGACGGCAGCUCUAGUGCUGCCACCAUUGACAUUCCGUCAUGAAAACAUAGUGGAAGCUAAGCCUUGCUUUAAUAACAACAGCAACAAAUAGACCUCGCUUCCUGUGUGCGGAGUUUAUCAGUUUUCAUUCAUUUAACGACGAUGUCUCUUGUCGUGUUGCGCUUAUUGCUCAGCUGACUAUUCAUCUGCUAGAUGUCUUCGGACGCUCUACCGUCAUGAAGGAAAAUUCUUCAGCCACCCAACGAUGGCGGACUUCGUUCAAUCGUGUCCUACCGCAAGUUCGGUACGAACAUUUACUAGCCGGAGUUACGGGUGGCGUGACAUCGACGCUUGUGUUGCAUCCUCUAGACCUACUCAAAAUUAGGCUAGCAGUCAAUGAUGGUCAGCUCAAGAGCCGACCGCAGUACAGAGGCAUUGUCAAUGCGGUGUCGACAAUCCUCAAGGAAGAAGGCAUCCGUGGCUUCUACCGCGGAGUGGCUCCCAACUGCUGGGGUGCUGGCACUUCGUGGGGGUUGUACUUUCUCUUCUACAAUUCCAUCAAGUCAUGGAUGCUGGAAGGUUGCAAUGACAAACAGCUCGGUCCUGGACGUCACAUGAUGGCCGCUGCCGAGUCUGGGCUCCUGACUCUGGUGAUAACAAACCCAAUCACGAUGGUGAAGACUCGCCUGUGCCUACAGUACGCGGACCACCACAUGCACGUACCCGACACGAGAAGGUACACCGGGAUGCUGGACGCCUUUCACAAGGUCUACAAGUACGAGGGUGUUACGGGGCUCUACAAAGGCUUCUUGCCUGGCAUGUUCAACGUCUCUCAUGGAGCAUUGCAAUUCAUGAUCUACGAGGAAAUGAAGAAGGCUUACGUGAACCACUUUAACAUCCCCGUGCAUACCAAACUGGGCACAAUGGAAUACUUGACGUUCGCUGCGCUCUCGAAAUUGCUCUCCGCAAGCGUGACCUAUCCUUACCAGUUGGCCAGGGCUCGCAUGCAGGACCAACAUCGGGACUAUAAAGGACUCAAGGAGGUCGUUAUGCGCACUUGGAGGUACGAGGGCUUCCGUGGCUUCUACAAAGGCGUCACUGCGUACUUCCUCCACGUCACCCCAAACAUCUGCAUAGUGUUUCUCAUGUACGAAAAGCUGGCCCCUUCUCCAGAUCGCCGCUUCUAGCACGCUCCUCCGCUGACAUCAACUCCUACGCCCGUGGAAGAGGAAGACAACGCGUAGGAUGUGCUUUUCGACGGCGCAGUGGAGGUCCUCACUGCCGGAAACUGUUGAAAAUCUCACACGCGACGCCCCCUGGUGUCAAACCUCACGUCUCCACCAGAACUUGUUUCUCGUUAUUCUUGUUACGGGUUAAGGGGUCUCACUGUUCAAUCCUUCUUUUUUUUGCAUCAUUUUCUUUUUCAGAAACUAGGAAGAGUUUUAUUAAAUUUGUCCCAGCUGGAUUUACCUGGGGGUACGGUUGUACCUUCUCUCUUUUGAACGCGAGUAACAUAGGGGAGGUACUUCGUCUGCAAUGCAUGGCCAAGGAGGGCUGUAGUUCACCUUGCCAUUCUGCAGCCAGCGCGAGGCUUCGGUGUCGAGAUUGUCAGGGAACACCUCCUUCUUAGGAAUGAAGGAAGGAUGUUUCAGAAUUUAAUAAGUACUAUCUGCAAUGUAAAUAGUAGCAUUUGACAAACAGCUGUGUACUGUCUUAGUGUUUUAAGUAGGUUCUAAAAUUGUAAGACUUUAAAAAAGUGAUUACGAUGUCAGAGCAUUGUGCAAUUUACGUUCCUAGGAAAAAAAUGUCAAUGUUUUUAAAAAAUGUAAAAACUUUCGUUUUCCUUUUUCGUAGCAUUCUUAAAUAUGUUCUCAGUCAGUUGAUCCGCAACUAAGCAUGCAGAUAAUCAAUAAAUAUUGACACUUAAUCAAAUUUGUUGUAGCUCAUAUGCAGUUUGUUGUGUGGAGAAGUCGCUGAAAUAUGUUCCUGUGUACACGUUAAUGUGCAGAAGAUGUGUGCAGCAUUAUUUAUUAGUGUAAAUGCGCUUGCAAUGAUACGUGAAGAUUUUUGUGUAUGUCUACUGGUUACGUCCUUUUAGGUUUGUUCACGACAGGAGUGUUAGUGUGUGCGCGUUGAAGUGAAUGUUUUUUUCCACGAGAGCCUGUCGUUUGUAUGUGUGUUAUGCUUCUAAUGAAAGGUAAGCUUUUGAGUUUCAGUGUUUGGUUUCAACUUAAGAUUUGUGAUUUUUCACAUAAGCCAGUUAGGUUCAACUCACGUCAGUAGUUGAUAAAAUCGAAACUUCGAGAAAAAAUAGCAUAAGUGCACAUUGUAUGAAUGAAACUUGCUUAUGUAAUAUAUCUGAGUGUACAUAAGAUAAUGAACAUGUGCAGUGUGAUAGAUAGCAUACCAAAGGGAUAAGACACAAGAAACUUGGAGCUUUAUCUUUCACGUUCUCACGUCUGUAAUUUGUACAUAAAAUGUAUAACUUCGGGACUGGCUAAAGUCUCACAAAUGUAAAAUUUUUUUGCUCUUGUAAUUUCAUGCACAAUUUGUAGUUGUGUACAGAAUGCAACUUUUUUUUUUUU